AUGGGAAUUCUCCUGGCCAUUUUUCUCACUGUUUUGGCUGCUAUUGUGGCAAUUUCUUUCUAUUAUGAACACCCCAAAGGAGAAAUUCCUCAUGGAAUCAGUGAGCGCCAAAAGUUUUAUGUUCUUCAUUUCCUCAUGAACUUUGGGUUUGGUCUGGCAACAUUUUUGGACAAAGUAGGUAUCAUCUCAGAGGUCCAUCUCCUCAGGGUUAUAAUGGAAACAAUACCACCAUUAAAGGAUACACGUCUUCUUAUCAAGGACGUAAGGUUUGAAAGGGUUAAAGUGAGAAUUUACCAGCCCAAAGCAUCAAGCAACAGCCUGAGAAGGGGAAUGCUUUAUUUUCACGGAGGAGUUGGCCGGUUGGGAAGUAUCAGGGCCUACGAAAGGACGUGCCGCUAUUUCUGCAGGAAGACCAACUCAGUGGUGGUGUGUGUUGAGUAUCGUUUAGCUCCUGAGCACCCAUAUCCAGCCCAGUUUGAGGACUGUCUCACUGCUGCCAUCCACUUUCUGAGGACUGCACAAGACCAUGGAGUCGACCCUUCCCGUGUUGUCAUCUGUGGAGACAGCAGUGGAGGGACACUCACUGCUGCUGUCGCUCAAGCACUGGUGAACAGAAGGGAUCUCCCAAAGCUGAGGGCACAAAUCCUAAUAUAUCCUUUUCUGCAGAGUGUGGACUUUGAUCUGCCUUCUUAUCAGCAGAAUGCAAGAGUCCCCAUUUUGCUAAAGGAACGAACCCUUGUUCUUGGCUUGAAGUACAUUAAUCUGGACUUGGGCUUCAUUAAAGAACUAUUUAAAGGCUGCCAUGUUUCAGAACAGCAGAGACUGAAAUAUCAGAAAUGGGUGAGUCCUGACCACAUCCCUCAUGAGUUUAAAACAAGAGGUUACAAACCAAGUCCAAAAUCUCCACCCUCAGAAGAAAUCUGUGAAAUGGCCAAGCUCGUGUUUGACCCAGUUUUUUCCCCACUGCUGGCUGAAGACAGUGUUAUUGCUCAGCUUCCUGAGACUUUCCUUUUGACCUGUGAAUUUGAUGUGCUUAGAGAUGAUGGACUGCUGUACAAGAAACGAUUAGAGGACCAUGGUAUAAAAGUGACCUGGUGCCAUCUGGAAGAGGGGUUCCAUGGAACAGUGUUCUUAGCGGUUUUUGCGAGGUUGAUAAGAUUCCGCUCUGGAACUCAAGGUCUGGAAAAGAUAGUCAAUUUUCUAAGACUGAUGUAA